AUGGCACCAUACUUUAGCUCUACGCCGAAAUCGUAUUACAGCGAUUCCUUAUUUUUCCUGUCGUACGGUCUGCAUCGCAUCCCGGAUUAGAGAAUAGAACGGGCUGUUUUAUUGGGCUGUGAUAUAGCCUUCAAGGCAGAUGUACGUCUCCUUUUUGCUGAAUUUGAACGUCUCUCCAAAGAAAUUCUUUUCGGCUUAGCGCCGGAGCUAACUCCAGUCUGUCGUCAUAUUUUAUAUCGGUAUAGAGCAAAUUUUCCCAACACGGACUUCGGUAGCCCUUUCUACAUGUCACCAAAUGAACUAUAUAACUUACUUUCUGCUAAGACCCAUACCUAUAAAAUGCGAAAAUCUGAAAAACAUCUGCGACGUGGUUAUCCGGGUCCCAAUUCCGGAGUUGUGCUGCUACACCUCACUGCUAUACGUCACGGCCGGCUUUUUCAAGACAAACUGCAAGAAACUGCCUUACGUAAAUUGACAUCGAAGUAUAUGUUUAAAGGUCACUGGGGCGAUCAAGACUUUUUCACUUUAUUGGGCUACGAAUUUCCGAAUCUGAUUUAUUGUCUGGAUUGCGUAUGGAAUCGUCAAUUGUGUACAUGGAUAGAUCAUGGCUAUAGUGAUGGCUUUGAUAAAUAUUUCACUUGCAAAGGACGUAUGAAAACGUAUCAUGGCAAUUGUAAUGCUCGCGUACCCGUGUAA